AUGGCCAAAGCCAGCGGACCCGCGAUCGGUAUCGAUCUGGGCACCACCUACUCCUGUGUGGGCAUCUUCCGCGAUGACCGCAUCGAGAUUAUUGCCAACGACCAGGGCAACCGGACGACGCCCUCCUUCGUCGCCUUCACAGACACCGAGCGCCUGAUCGGUGACUCGGCGAAGAACCAAGUCGCCAUGAACCCUUCCAACACCGUCUUCGACGCAAAGCGCCUGAUCGGCCGCAAGUUCCAAGACGCAGAGGUGCAGGCAGACAUGAAGCACUUCCCCUUCAAGGUCGUCGAGAAGCAGGGCAAGCCCAACGUUGAGGUCGAGUUCAAGGGCGAGAACAAGACUUUCUCUCCCGAAGAGAUCUCCUCCAUGGUCCUGACCAAGAUGCGCGAGACCGCAGAGUCAUACCUCGGUGGCACCGUCAACAACGCUGUCGUCACAGUUCCAGCAUACUUCAACGACUCGCAGAGGCAAGCAACCAAGGACGCCGGUCUCAUCGCUGGCCUGAACGUCCUCCGUAUCAUCAACGAGCCCACCGCGGCAGCCAUUGCCUACGGUCUCGACAAGAAGACUGAGGGUGAGCGCAACGUCCUCAUCUUCGACUUGGGUGGCGGCACAUUCGACGUCUCGCUUCUCACGAUUGAGGAGGGCAUUUUCGAGGUUAAGUCAACUGCUGGUGACACCCAUCUUGGCGGAGAGGACUUCGACAACCGCCUCGUCAACCACUUCGUGAAUGAGUUCAAGAGGAAGCACAAGAAGGACCUCACCUCGAACGCCCGCGCUCUCCGUCGUCUGCGCACCGCAUGCGAGCGUGCCAAGCGUACCCUCUCCUCGUCUGCUCAGACAUCCAUCGAGAUCGACUCGCUCUUCGAGGGCAUCGACUUCUACACCUCCAUCACCCGUGCCCGCUUCGAGGAGCUGUGCCAGGACCUCUUCCGUUCCACCAUGGAGCCAGUCGAGCGCACCCUCCGUGACGCGAAGAUCGACAAGUCCUCCGUCCACGAGAUCGUCCUCGUCGGCGGCUCCACCCGUAUUCCCAAGAUCCAGAAGAUGGUCUCCGACUUCUUCAACGGCAAGGAGCCCAACAAGUCCAUCAACCCAGACGAGGCCGUUGCCUACGGUGCUGCCGUGCAGGCCGCCAUCCUCUCUGGUGACACCUCCAGCAAGUCUACCAACGAGAUCUUGCUGCUCGACGUUGCGCCGCUCUCCAUCGGUAUCGAGACCGCUGGUGGUGUGAUGACGCCACUCAUCAAGCGCAACACGACCAUCCCCACCAAGAAGUCCGAGAUCUUCUCCACCUUCUCCGACAACCAGCCUGGCGUGCUCAUCCAAGUGUUCGAGGGCGAACGGGCUCGUACAAAGGACAACAAUCUGAUGGGCAAGUUUGAGCUCACCGGCAUCCCACCUGCGCCACGAGGUGUUCCCCAGAUCGAGGUUACCUUCGACCUUGAUGCCAACGGAAUCAUUAACGUCUCCGCUCUCGAGAAGGGCACCGGCAAGACCAACAAGAUCGUCAUCACCAACGACAAGGGCCGUCUGUCGAAGGAGGAGAUCGAGCGCAUGCUUGCUGAGGCUGAGAAGUACAAGGAGGAGGACGAGGCCGAGGCUGCCCGUAUCCAGGCCAAGAACGGUCUGGAGUCGUACGCCUACUCGCUCAAGAACACCCUCUCCGACUCCAAGGUCGACGAGAAGCUCUCCACCGAGGACAAGGAGAAGCUCAAGUCCGAGAUUGAGAAGACCGUCGCCUGGUUGGACGACAGCCAGCAGGCCACCAAGGACGAGUACGAGUCCCAGCAGAAGGAGCUUGAGGCCGUCGCCAACCCAAUUAUGAUGAAGUUCUACGGCGGCGAGGGUGGUGGUAUGCCAGGCGGUAUGCCAGGUGGUGGUAUGCCCGGCGGCGGCAUGCCCGGCCAAGGCGGUGCCGCGGGCGGCGACGACGGCCCGACCGUCGAGGAGGUCGACUAA